AUGCGAAAUAACCGACCAAAUUGAUUCGUCCGGUUGUUCGUGAAAGAAGGCGGAAGGUUAAACAGUAUUUGUAAUAUAUACUUGGCAAUCUAUUUGAAAAUUGUGAAAGUAAAAAACUACAGGAAAAAUGGCUUCUGGAGUAACUGUGUCUGAUGUCUGCAAGACUACAUACGAAGAAAUAAAGAAGGACAAAAAACAUCGCUAUGUCAUUUUCUACAUUCGCGAUGAGAAGCAGAUUGAUGUGGAGACUGUGGCAGAUCGUAACGCUGAAUACGAUCAGUUUCUAGAAGACAUCCAAAAAUGCGGUCCUGGAGAGUGCCGAUAUGGAUUGUUCGACUUUGAAUACAUGCACCAAUGUCAAGGCACCUCUGAAAGUUCAAAGAAGCAAAAGCUGUUCCUUAUGUCGUGGUGCCCCGACACUGCCAAGGUCAAGAAGAAGAUGUUGUAUUCCAGCUCGUUCGAUGCUCUAAAGAAGUCGCUGGUGGGCGUGCAAAAGUACAUACAAGCCACUGAUCUUUCCGAAGCCUCCCGGGAAGCCGUUGAGGAGAAACUCCGGGCCACCGACCGCCAAUAAACUGUACGAGCAUUGUGCAUUGCAUUUAACAAACAAGGCAUGCAUGAAACAGCGAUGGAAACACGUAUCCUGUUGAGAUCGCCAAUUUGUAUGAGAAUUUUCUACAUAAUUUGUAUUUUCAGUAGAAAUAAAGAAUGAAAUAUUUAACUUGA